CUCGCUCCUUGGGCAGGCAAAAUCAGAGGGAGACGUUGAUGUCCGGCACCCAAGCACGGAGCGUGGGCGCAAAGUGCUGCCCAGGGCGUGGCCGCUGGAGGAGGGGGCACCUCUGGGAGAUACCCGGCCCCCUCUGCGGGAGGAGCCCCGCAGGAAGAGGGAGGGAGGAAAGGAGGGUUAGUCAGGGAGUGGCGGCUAGAGAGGGGGGCAGCCUCUAGAGACCCCAGCCCCGCCCGUCUGAGUCACCGACCCCAGCCCUCCAGCUGCGCUCCCCGCCCCCGGCGGGAGGAGCCCGGGCAAGACGAGACCUCCGAACCCAGACUGAGCACAGGCGGAGGGAGAGACCGAACGGAACUAGAUCGGAGCGGGCUCGGGUGCGGAUAGCUCGCAGGGCCAUGGGGGAGGGUAUGCCGGCGGCUGAAGCCGGGGAGCGCGGCCCGGUGCACGCGGUGACGGUAGUGACGCUGCUAGAGAAGCUGUCCACCAUGCUAGAGGCGGUGCGGGAGCGCCAGGGAGGCCUGGCCCGGCGGCAAGGCGGCUUGACGGGUACCGUGCGCCGCAUCCAGAGCGGCCUGGGUGCCCUCAGCCGCAGCCAUGGCGAGACCAGCAACACGCUGUCCCAGCUGCUGGCCAAGGCCGAACGCGUCAGCACGCACGCGCACGCCGCCCGCGAACGCGCCGUUCGCCGAGCACUCCAGGUGCAGCGGCUCGAGGCCAACCACGCACUCCUGGUCUCCCGCGGCCAGCUGCACGUCCAACUCUUCAAGGAGGAGGCAGAAAUCCCAGCCAGAGCCUUUCAGAAGGAGCCAGAAUCGACAGGACUCGGAGAGAAGGAACUAGGACCAGAGGCGCUAGAGGAGCUAGAAGCCAGGGAGAGCUCAGAGGAUGACAAUGAGCCGGUGGAAUCUCGGGCUAAGCGACUCCAGCGCUCUGGCCUACAGAAGGUGCAGAGCCUUCGUAGGGCAUUAUCCACCCGAAAGAGCAAAGGCCCUGCCCCACCUCCACCCACUCCCACCAAGCCGCCCCGACUGGGUCCUAGCCAUGGCAUUGAAAAUCAACCUGAGGCAGUUGUAGUGGCUGAAGCAGAGCCAGAGUUGGAGCCAGAGCCAGCAGGGAUCCCUGUGGAAGACCCAGAGAGCCUUGAGGCUAGGGAAUCUCCAAUGCUUCAGGUAGAGGGUGCUGCCUAGUGCUCCAUCCUCCCUGCUGCUUCUCUGUGCCUUUGUUUUUAAUGGCACUAUCAGUUGCCAAGCAAUAGCUCCCAUUUCCUUUUAGAGCACCAAUGCUCAAGGAAAGAUCCCUGCCUUUAUAGCUCACCUCAGUCUCUCCCCUGCUCCCAAACUCAGGCUUCCACUCCAAAGCACCUGCCUGGUCCCUGGCCACCCCAUUCUAAACUCAAAGAUCAAACCAUUUCCCUCACAAGUGUGCUCAAGAUUAAUAAACUAAUUUCACUAACAA